CUCAUGAAAUGGAUAUUAAAAUGUAUGUAUUUGUUAAGAAUAAAAAUUAGCAUCAUNUGCUUUUAAAAAAGAGUUUCAAGAUAAAUAAAAAGAGAUUAAAUAAAGUAAUUAGGAAGAGAGAAAUGAAAUUAUAACAACUUUAGAAUAAUUAAAUUAAAAAAUAAAAGUAUCAGAGGAUGUUGGAAAUGAUAUUGAAGAGGCAUUCAAAAAGAUAUAAUCUUAUGUCAAUCAUAAAGAAUAUGAAAUGAAACAUAAUAAAGAAGGAGAGAUUGUAAAUAAAAAGUAAAUUAUAAAAUAUAAAAUUUUUAGAAUUUAUCUUCUAAAUUUAAUGAAAGAUAACUUUGUUAAAAUGAUAAAAAAUUAUUUUAGUAAUGCUUUUACAAUAGAAUUUUGUAGAUUAUUUGAUAUGCAAAUGGAAACAUUAAAUUCAAAAGAAGUUCAAGAUGUGAAUGGAUUUUUAGAUUAUGUCGACAGCAAAUGGAAAUAAGAUUAUAAAAACCUUUAAACAUCCAUAGAAAAAUUUGUUUAAAAAUUGCAUGAAGGUCUGAAAUAUAUAAUUUAAUUACCAUUACAAGAGGAGAAAGUAUAUAAUUACAUAAUUAUAGCCAUUAAAAUAAUAAAUUGUUAUCCCAUAAUUUACUUCUCCAUCUAGAAAUCCAAUUUAGUAUUAAUAAUAACCUUAAUUUGUACCAUUAACACCUUACAAUUAAGUACCACCUUAGUAUUAAUUCCAUUAAUAAAUACCAUUGACUGGCUAAAGGGUAUAUCAAAAUUAAAAUUAAUUCAAUUCUGCUCCAGUGCCAUAAGCUGAUGUAGAAAACGAUUAUUUUGCCUAAUCUUAAAUAAUCUAUGAAGAGCCUUAAAUGCGGAAUAAUACAAGACCUGAUUUUGUUAGUUAGAGUUUAUAAUAAUAUUAAUGA